UAAAAAUGUCAUAAACGUCAUUCGGUGAAAAUGGUCGCUUUUUCACGCGUUGGUUCAGUUUUUCUUGAGAAAAUCCAUAAAAAUAGCGUCUCCUGGUAAAUACGGGCAUUUUUUCGUUAAUUAUCGAUAUUUCAAAUAAUCGCGAGUGCUUUAGUUUAUGAAUUAUAGUUUAAUCCGAUAAUUGAAGUGAAAAUCGAGUUUGGAAUAUGUGCGCGUAAAAAAUUUGCAUUGGUGAAAAGUGCUUAUUGUGGAAAUGCAUAAAAUUUCGUGGGACGAGAAUUUAUUUUCAAUUAAAUACAGUUUAGUUUAACGUGGAUAAGACCAAAUUAAUAUUAAGUGUAGAAGUGCUAGAUAAGAACAAAGAUGGAGUUUUCGCAACCUCCACCAGAUCCAAUGGGAGGCGGAAGCUAUGCCAACCCUCCCCCAAUCAAUCGUAUUCUGAGCUAUCAGAAUCCACAAUCGCAGAAGCCCCAGCAUAACUUUUACCACCACCGGCCGUAUCACCACUUCAAUGGUUUUCGUGGUGGGCUUCCCAUGACGCAGGAUGAUUUUGAUGGGAAACGGCUUCGGAAAUCGGUGAUGCGAAAAACAGUCGAUUACAAUGCAUCGAUCAUCAAAGCGCUGGAGACUCGCACUUGGACAAGAGAUUACCGAGAUCGACGCGCCCUUCAGCCGGAGAAUAUCUACAUACCGGAACUGCUGCCACCGCCAAGCUACAUGGACAACCCUACUAAUGCAGUCACGACCCGUUUCGUCAAAACAGCCACCAAUAAAAUGCGUUGUCCUAUUUUCACCCUUGCAUGGACUCCGGAAGGGCGUCGUCUCGUAACGGGUGCCAGUUCCGGCGAAUUCACACUUUGGAAUGGACUUACUUUCAACUUUGAGACUAUUCUACAGGCCCAUGAUGUCUCUGUGCGGACGAUGGUGUGGUCUCACAACGACAACUGGAUGGUGACGGGUGACCACAGUGGUUAUGUCAAAUACUGGCAAUCGAACAUGAACAACGUAAAAAUGUUCCAGGCGCAUAAAGAACCCAUCCGUGGAAUCAGCUUUAGCCCGUCGGAUGCCAAAUUUGCCAGCUGUAGCGAUGAUGGUACGGUACGUGUCUGGGAUUUCCUCCGAUGCCAGGAGGAACGUGUUCUGAGAGGUCAUGGUGCUGAUGUAAAAUGUGUCCACUGGCAUCCGCAAAAAGCGUUAAUCGUAUCCGGAAGUAAGGAUAAUCAACAGCCAAUCAAAAUCUGGGAUCCAAAAAGUAAUGUAGCGUUAGCUACUUUGCAUGCUCACAAAUCGACUGUUAUGGAUUUGAAGUGGAACGACAAUGGUAAUUGGUUGGUCACAGCUUCGCGAGAUCAUUUGCUAAAGCUGUUCGAUUUGCGAAACCUCAGCGAGGAGGUGCAAAUCUUCCGAGGUCACAAGAAGGAAGCCAGCGCCGUAUCGUGGCAUCCGAUUCACGAGGGCUUGUUUGCUUCAGGUGGAUCCGACGGAUCAAUUCUGUUCUGGAACGUUGGCACUGAUAAAGAAGUGGGUGGAAUCGACAAUGCCCACGAGAGCAUAGUGUGGACGUUAGCGUGGCAUCCUCUAGGUCAUAUUUUAUGUUCCGGAUCGAAUGACCACACAAUCAAAUUUUGGACCAGAAAUCGGCCCGGUGAUCAAAUGCGAGACAAAUACAAUCUCAACACGCUGCCGGCCAGUUUGGCUGGUUUGGAUGAAUGCGAGCUGGACGACCACGUGGUCAUUCCGGGUAUGGGACCUGAGGACAAAAUCGACAUCGCCGAUAGUUUAGGAACCAACAACAAUGGCGUCAUUCCCGGUCUGGACUUCGCCAACGUAACGAAUUUCAACGAAAAGAUGAGGGAAAAGAAAAUUCCGUACAGCAAGCCGAUUCCGCGUAAUUUCCAGGCCCAAUGGAAUGAAGCCAGCAAGUACGAAGAACAUCGCGAAACGUCGGAAGAAAUCAAAGAAGUCAUAUCGCAAAUCGCCGAAAGUACUCCGGGAAUAUUACCGAUCAAAAAGAUGGCACCUUCUGCGGUCAUCCUGUAUGAUCGAGUUAUACCCAUUUUACCUGAUUCCGAUUUGGAAGCCGUUAUACUUGAAGGCCCCACGUCUUUGAAUAGGUUCAUCCUUAUGGGAAGGAUCCCGGAGCUUCAAGAUAUGAUACCGCCUAUCGACGAAGAUGAUUUCAAUAAUUUGGACAACUCCAGAAUAAAGAUGGAAAUCGAUCCAACAUUCAUCUACAACAAAACGACCGUGAUCGAACCUUCGGAACCUCCGGAAGCAACUGAACCGCUGCUCUCGUCCACAUCGUUGAUGAAACGAAGAACUCCACCUCCACCUGCUCCAGAUCCAACUGCGGGUAUCCCGUCACUAUUACAGCUGGACAUAUUCCCUCCGCCAGAUAUAAAGUUCAGUACGGAUGAAGUCGAAGACGAAAUGGCGCUACGGAAUAGUAAGAAAGGUAGAGAACGGGAGAAGCAGAAGGAAAAGGAACGCCGGGAACAGGAAGAGGAGAAAAAGUUCUGGGCUGAACAUAAUGAGAAGAACUGGGACGAAGAAGAUAUGGGAAACGGUGAUUACCCAUCUUCCAGGAGGUCCCCUAUCGAGAGUCAUAACACAAAUAGUAACGGACAAUGGACCACAUCAAAAUAUAGUACGCUCGAUGACGAUGGUACCGGCCUGGGAGGAAACUCGUGGGAAUUGGAAGCCGAUCGCCAUUCUACAUUGGGCGGUGAUACAAGCAAAGAUAACAACAGCAGGGACGGUUUUGGGUUUGGUAGCCAACAGGCAAAUUCCAAUUUCAAUCCUGCUCCUCCGAACUUCGGCGCUCCAAACAAUUUUUCUUCCGCAAACUUCAAUUCAGGUCCGAAUACUUUUGGGCCAGGUGGACCGAACAAUUUCAACCACAGGCCGAACAGUUUCAACUCCGGUCCAAACACGUUCGGUGGUGGUCAAGGGCCAAAUACGUUCGGGCCUGGCCCCAACAACUUCAACCCAAACAACUUCAACCCCAACGUCCCUCCAGGCAUGCCGCCUAACUUCAACUCAGGACCGCCCCCUAAUUUCAACUCUGGGCCACCGCCGGGCAACUUCAACUUCAACGGUCCGCCACCCGGUGGUUUCAACAAUAACUUCGGCUCUGGUCCUCCGCCGAACAAUUUCAACAAUUUUGGUAACAACGGUGGCAAUUUCGGUCCGGAUCACGGAGGCAACAAUGACGACGGUGGGUGGAAUAGUAACAACCGGGGUGGUAACCGCAACAGAAGCAACAUGAGAGGUGGCCGAGGUAAUCAACGAGGGGGGUUCCGAGGUGGUAAUCGAAGGAACUGAGUCGCGUAGUAAAUUAGUAUUAUGCGUGAUAGCUACUGUUUGGUUUCUUUACAAUUGGUUUGUACAGCUCAGUUUUCUGCGGUUUUUGGUAACCAUUAACCUGCUAUUGAGACUAUAAUAGUUAAUAUAAAUAAGUGCGAAGCCUGAGUGCGUGCGUGAAGAAGCGUUGUAUAAAUACCUUAUGAGUCAGUCUGUGGGAUAGUGCGUAGCUUUAAUAUAUUGAAAAAAAAAAAUCAAUGAAUGUCCGAAGGAAUCCAAAACUUAAGCUGUUAGAAUUUUGAAUAAACCACAAUAUUGAAAGUAA